AUGCUGCCCACCAACGAGGCCCCCAAGAUGCGAGUCACCUCGCAGUCCGUCGUCCCACGCGACAUCACCGAAGAGUUCACCACCGCUGCGUCAACUCUUCAAACCGGUCAACUCGUCAAAGAUGAAUACUUUACACUGUUCGAGGCAGUGGGUGCGCUGGAGAUCAUGGACUCCAGAAUGGACAGCGGAUACCUUGGGCCCGGUGAGAACAAUGCACAGGCCCUAGAGGACGACUACGAUAUCAUGCGGGAGCUGGCUCCGGAGGAGGUCAUUGGGAUAAUGGACGAGCUGCUUUUCCACGAGGUUGGUGGAAAUGAUCCCACAUUCUACACACGGGAGCUCUGCUAA